AUGCAUCCAAUAACUGCAGCAACAAGAACAAAGUGUAAAGGAAUAACAUUAGAAAUUGUACAAGAAAGUACGGCUCGUGAUCGUAUUUUACAACUAGUACAGCCAAGUCGAUACAAGUAUUGGCUCAGCAUAGAUUUUAAGAAUUUCUUGGUUAAAUAUGGUCAAGGUGAAAUGAGAAAUGAAUGUACAUUAUUUAGUGUUCAUAUGACGGAUAAUGAUGACAAAAAGUAUUUAACGAAAUUGAAAUAUUCGUAUUCAAAGUUCCUAUUGGAUAAAGAUGAAGAUGAAAGUAGUGAAGAACUUAAUUUAUGUCAUCAAAUAUAUAAACGUCCUAUGGAAGAUAACCCGCCGAUAUUUGUUUCUGAAGAACAACUGAUAGAUGACCAACCAGCAACUGAUUCUAAUAAAAACAUGGUGGCAGUUGAAGAUUUGGAUAAAUCAAAUCAACGGUUGUAUAAAACUGUUAUGGGUUUUAAACUAUCUAAUCCGGAGCAUCCAAAUUUCACGAUUGCUGCGAUUGAAAACAGUUGUCGUGAACCAUCUGGAUGGUGUUAUGCGUCAUUGCUGCAAAACCUAAAACAACAUA